AUGGUUCAAAUCAACACUGUGGCUCUAGGAGCCCUUUUACUUUCUCCCCUCACCUCCGCCGCUCUCACCAAGUGUCCCACCAAGGAAGCCACCUGGACCGCCCAAUCCGGCGCCGACUACUCCAUCUGCCGCAACACCGAUUACAAGAACGGAGGAGGCUCUCUCAAGGUCGUCAAGGAUGUCCGCAACACCAACGCCUGCGCCCAGAUCUGCAACCAGGAUCCUCGCUGUGUCAAGGCCGUCUACGACAAGAAGGGUCGCGUCUGCCAUGUCAAGGAUGAGGCUAACGCUGAUCGCAUGAACUGGGAGGCUGACAAGAACUUUGACGCUAUUGUCCUCAAGAAUGUUGAUGAGGGCAAAUUCAUCUCUGUUUGCCCUACCGGCGGUCAUCAGUACAAGUCUCGUAAGGGCAAGGGUAAGACUUUCGAUGUGUGUCAUCAGACAGACUUUGUUGGUGCUUCGGCCCGACAGAUCAAGAAUGUUGCUUCUCUGGCUGCCUGCGCCGAUCAGUGCUCCAACAUUGCGGCUUGCAAGAAGGCUGUCUACGACAACCAGGACAAGGUUUGCCACAUCAAGGCUGCUGAGCCUGCCAAUUCUCUCUUUUGGGUUCAGAGCAAGCGAUACAGCGUCGUUAAGCUGCCCACCCCUGUCAAGCCUGCCACCCUCGGCCGAUGGUCCGACAUCAUCCGCCUUCCUCUCAUUCCUGUCGCUGCCUACGUCGUUCCCACAUUCCCCCAGUCUCAAGAACUUCUUUUCUUCUCUUCUUGGGGCCCCGAUGCUUUCGGUGGUGCCUCUGGUCGCACCCAGUUCGGUGCCAUGAACCUUCCCACCGGAAACAUUGCUCGUCGUGAGGUUGCUGAUACUCACCACGACAUGUUCUGCCCUGGUAUGAGCCAGCUUGGCGAUGGUCGUAUUAUCAUCCAGGGUGGCUCUGACGCUGAGGCCGUCACCUUCUACAACCCCCGCGACAACUCUUUCACCCGUGGUCCCGAUCUGCAGAUGGCCCGUGGUUACCAAUCAUCCACCAUCCUCUCCGACGGCCGUGUCUUCACUAUCGGUGGUGCUUACUCUGGUCGUCGCGAGGGUAAGCCCGGUGAGGUCUUCGACCCCAAGACCAACAAGUGGACCCUCCUCACCGGCGCCGACGUGAAGCCCAUGCUCACCAAGGAUCACGAGGGUAUCUGGCGUGAGGACAACCACGCCUGGCUGUUCGGCUGGAAGAAGGGCUCCGUCUUCCAAGCCGGUCCUUCCAAGACCCAGCACUGGUACAGCACCAAGCAGAAGGGCUCUGUCCGUCUGUCUGGUACCCGAGACAACAUCGACGCGAUGUGCGGUAUCUUUGUCAUGUACGAUGCUGUUAACGGCAAGAUUCUCUCCGCUGGUGGUGCUCCCGAUUACACCAACGCCGACGCCAACAAGCACGCUCACAUCACCACUCUCGGCGAGGCUUACAAGUCUGCCUCUGUCAAGCGUGUCGCUGAUAUGGCUUUCCCCCGUGGUUUCGGUAACGCUGUUGUCCUUCCUGACGGAACUGUCCUCGUUACUGGUGGCCAGCGCAAGUCCAUGGUCUUCACCAACACCGACGGUAUCCUGAUCCCCGAGCUGUACAACCCUGCUACCAACAAGUGGACCCAGCUUGCUCCCCACGCUGUUCCCCGCAACUACCACUCCGUCUCCAUCCUUCUCCCCGAUGCCACCGUCUUCAUCGGUGGUGGUGGUCUCUGCUACGUCAACAAGAUCGGUGGCUCCACCGCUGGCUGCAACAAGGGCGCUGACCACGCCGACGGCGAGAUCUUCCAGCCUCCUUACCUCUUCAAGAAGGACGGUUCUCUGGCUGACCGACCUCUCAUCAAUGGUCUUACCACCAAGGGUGUCAAGGCUGGUGCCACUCUCAAGUUCAAGGUUACCAACGCUACUGGCAAGAUCACCAUGUCUCUUGUCCGUAUGGGUAGUGCUACCCACUCUGUCAACACUGAUCAGCGACGUGUUCCUCUUACCAACUUCUCCAAGAAGGGUAACGAUUAUUCUGUUAAGCUGCCUAGCGACAACGGUAUCCUUUUGCCUGGAUUUUACUACCUCUUUGUUAUGUCCAAUGGAACCCCUAGCAUGUCCAAGACUGUUCAGAUCGUGCUAUAA